UUAACGGCUUCGUACCAGAGCACCUCAUUGCCGGGUGGCUUCAGGCCGAAAGGACUGAGGAGUUGGCCAGCCAAACCGGACCGAGCUUUGUUUUCGCUCCCCGCGGAACAGCCGGACACACUGUGGAUUUUCCGGUGCGCUGGGCUGGGUGUCCCGGGCCGCUCGGCGCGCGCUGCGAGGGGCCCCCCGCGCGGCGGUGAGCCCGCGAGUAAGCAGCAGAGGAGUCCUCCUCCGCGCCGCUCGCGCUCGCUCGCGCGCGCACGCACGCGACCGACGACGACGACGACGACGAGCCGAGGGGCGCGAGCCGCGCCGGGAAGCCGAUGGACCUGGAGUUGCCCAGGAGCGAGCUGGGAGCCAUGGCGGACGCGCUGCAGCCGCAGACCCCUAGCCGACACGAGAAGAGCUUAGGGCUGCUCACCACCAAAUUCGUGACUCUGCUGCAGGAGGCGAAAGACGGGGUGCUCGACCUCAAAAUAGCUGCGGACACCCUUGCUGUCAGACAGAAGAGGCGCAUCUAUGACAUCACAAAUGUCCUGGAGGGCAUCGGGCUGAUUGAGAAGAAAUCAAAAAACAGCAUUCAGUGGAAGGGUGUGGGGCCUGGAUGCAACACGAGGGAGAUUGCCGACAAGCUGAUUGACCUGAAGGCAGAGCUGGAAGACCUAGACCGUCGGGAGCACGAGCUGGACCAGCAGAGAGUGUGGGUGCAGCAGAGCAUCAAGAACGUGACAGACGACACACAGAACAGCAGAUUGGCUUACGUUACUCAUGAAGACAUCUGCAGCUGCUUCAAAGGUGACACACUCCUGGCCAUUCGGGCUCCCUCAGGCACACAGCUGGAGGUGCCUAUACCUGAGGCAGUGAUGAAUGGACAGAAGAAGUACCAGAUCCACUUAAAAAGCACAUCCGGCCCCAUUGAGGUGCUGUUGGUCAACAAGGACACCUCAGGCUCCGCCCCUGUGGUCCUGCCCGUCCCACCGCCUGAGGACAUGUUCCAGAGCUUGCCUGCCACUGCUCCUGUCACCGCUCCUGCCACUCCUAAACGGGCCACUCAGCCACCACUGACCAACAACCAAAGCCCUUCCAUGGCUUCGCCUGCCCCCGCUGCCACUAUCACACCUGCAGCUCUCAGCUCUGAAGCUUCUGGAAGUGGUGCUGCCCUAGAAUCUGUUCCUCCAACUGAAGAAACGACGACUGAUCAAACGCACAGUCUGGACACACAGGUGCUUCAGUCCUCUGCUUCGCUGGACAACAGCUCCUCGAUUCCAGCUGCCUCCACAGUCUUUGAGCCCAUCAAGUCCAGCCCGCCAGAACUGCCAGAUUUCCCUAAAGAACUCUCAGAAAUGUUUGAUCCAACAAAAGAAAUGAUGAGUGCUGAUCUGCUGGAAGAACUCAUGGCCUCUGAAGUGUUCUCUCCACUCCUCCGUCUUUCCCCUCCACCUGGGGAUCAUGAUUACAUCUACAACUUGGACGAGAGCGAAGGGCUCUGUGACCUUUUUGACGUCCCCAUCCUCAACCUUUGACAAUGAUCUAAGCCACGGGGCACUUGUGAAUAGGGUUCUAACCAAAAGCAGAAAAAAGAAAAUAUUUUUGCCCUUUUUGAGGAACAAAGCAGGAAUUGCUCUAUUUUUGGAUUCUUGUAUUAUAAGCUGAUUUGAUGAACGUAUAUUUUUGUGUGUUGUCAUUUUGUUGUCUUCUUUUUUAGACCCUUUGGCCCAAACAGUUGCUUCUAAACAGGAAGGCAUGGUCUCUGGUCUCUGUGAUACUACAGCAGAGGCUAAAGGGCAACCAGCACUGUACUUCCAGCCACCAAGCUUUAAAGAUGAGAUAGCUGCUGUUGCGUGGACAAGGCAUUUUAUGUGAUCCCACAAACCUAUUUAAAAUGGCAACCUUUGAUGGGUGUUGGAAAUGAUUGGCUCAGUUUUAUGAACAUUUUAACUUGCAUAGUGAAGUAUUUUGGAAAGGAGAUGCAGAGCAAGAGAACUAGAGUUCUGUGCUUGAGGCUUGGAAAGGACUAAAGGAAGUUGAUGACUUGAGGACUGGCAGAGCUGAAAGGGAAGCAAUUCUCCAGUGGGCUGUAGAAGGCAGGCUGCGAUUUCUGGACUUUCCAGCAAGUGGCGACAGGGCUCAUGCAGUGCAGGCAAACACCAGCAAUAAUUCUUACAAGUACAGCCACAGUAAUUCUGCUCCAGAUAGACAUGUACUGUAUUUAGUGUUUAAAUGAAGCAAAGUCCUCAUUUAUUAAAACUUCAGCAUUAGAAGUUGAACCAUAUUCUGUAGAAACAAGUAAUUCUGUUAUAUAUUUUGAGGGGUUUAAAGGGGCUAUCGCUGAACCUUUUCCACACUGUCAUGUAAUAUGUAAUUUAUAAUCUUGGCUAGCCUUUUUUUGCAUCCCAUUAAGCCAUAUAUUAAUACAAAUAUUA